UCAUGGCGGAGUUCCUGUAUUUCCCGGCAUGCCAGGAGCUCCUGCUCCUCCGCCUUAUACGCCAUAUCCAACAGGAGGAUAUCCGGGAAUGUCAGGACAAACAACUUCUUAUCCAACAGCAUCUACUGAUCCGUAUCGAAAUCCAUCAAAUCAUCAAUACGUUCCUCCGAAACAAAACAAAGGUAUCAUCGAAGACACCAAAGACUUCAUUAACAACAUAAUUGGCAAAGCAACUAACUCAAUCGUGCCAUCUCAAAAUCCUCACAAGUACAACAACAACCAUAAUGCAUACAAUCCAGGGGGAUUUGCGCCUCAAUCUCAACCAUAUUAUCCCGGAAGUCAACCAAUGUAUCCACAAACAGGUCAUGGAAACAAUGGAGGAAUAUUAGGAGCUUUGGGAGGAGGAACAGCAGCUGCUAUAUUAACGGGAGUUGCAAUGAAGGGGGGAAAGAAAAAAAUGAAGAAAAAUAAAGCCUUGAAAUACGCAGCUGGCGCCGGAGCUCUUGGAUUAGGAGGAUAUGCGAUAUCGAGAGCAUUGAGAAGAAGUUCUUCGAGCUCAUCAAGUUCUUCGGAUUGA